AUGAAGAUCAUCUGCCAGACUUGUCGUGAGCUUGUUGAAGACUCGUUCUCAGACAUAGCAGAAAGAUCCGGGAAACAUUCCUCAGGUACAGGUCUACACCUGAUAGACUUUAUUGGAGAACUGCGUUAUUGGCACGAUUUCCGAGAUGAAGUUGAACAGGUUCUCGCAAAAGUCGAAUGGGAUAACUACCAGCAUCCUGUCACAGCUCAUGUUGAGACAAGUGAUGUUUAUUACAGCGAGCACUUUCUUUGCGGCGCCGAAAUUUCGAGCAGCGCCCGCUUUAUAUCGAAUGUUCUGAACCCGUUAAAUGGUGUCGCUAAGAUCCUCGGAUAUCCUCUGUACUUCGGCGAUUGGACUGUCACUGUGGAUAAGUUGAGAUGGCCGGUUCUACCCCUAGCCAACGAGCAGGAUAAAACGUCCACUGGCAAACCGAACGCCAUCACAGGGACGGAAGGUCAAAGCAAAAAGCCCGCGAAACCCGAGAGAGGAUCGAUCCCCGACUAUGCCCUAAUUGAUGAAAAAGGCAAAGCCCGCGCAAUUGGGGAAGCCAAGCACCCCUGGGGAACUCUCCCUGACGCGAAUAUCAAGCAAACUCUUAAGGGGGACAAAGAGGCCGAGAAGCUUCUCCGAAGGUUCCUCGGACAGAUAGCAAGAGACAUGUGGGCUGCGAAUCUCAAAUAUGCUUUUAUGACUAAUUACAGAUGGACUGUUUUUCUUCGCCGUGAAUUCAGCGAUGGAAAGUGGACUCUUGAUUAUUCUGAUGCGAUAAAGCAUGAUUCAAAAGCGCAACAUCGAGACCAUACAGCAAGCAUUUCAGUACGCCAAUGCAUUCUCUUUAUCAUGAUCAAAGUGGCCUCCUCCAACCCGGAAGACUGGUCAACUAAUGAAUCACGGCGUGAAGCUCUCUCGACUUGGGUGUAUAUUGCCCCCGACAAGAAGGAAGGCACGGAGAAAACAACAAGUUCUAACCUCUAUCUCUCACGAGUUCAAGGUGAACGCGGUUUGUUCUCGGAAGGCUCAAUUACUUCGGCCAACAAUGAUUUACCUGGGAAGGGAAUUGCGGCUGGGAAAGCACCAGAGCUUACUCUGCCGCACCGCUCACUUUCCACCACUAAGAUCAACUCAUCAGAUCAAGGAAAAGAGCCUAUGGAUGCCACGCAGGAAAGCCUCAAGGGCAAAGCGAAGAUAGCCGAAAGUACCGAUAAGCAAGGCGGCAAGAGUAAAGGAAAGGCAGCUGAAACUACCGACAAGGAAGGUGCCAAGGGCAAAACGAGGGCAAGUGAAAGUACUGAUAAAGGUGGCUCCAAGACCACAAGGUCCACAGGGAGUCUCCGAAAGUGA